UUAGAAUGAGUGUUUUGAUAGAGACCACCAUAGGUGACUUGGUGGUAGACUUGUUUGUGGAAGAGAGACCGAGGUCAUGUCUCAACUUCCUCAAACUGUGCAAGACGAAGUACUACAACUUCUGCUCCUUCCAUUACCUAAAGAGAAACUUCAUAGCCCAGACAGGCGAUCCCACCGGGAGGGGCGAGGGAGGGGAAUCCAUUUUUGCACAGGUGUACGGCCCACAGGCCGUACAUUUUGAGGGCGAGAUCAAACCCCGUCUUAAACACGUGAACAAAGGCACAGUGUCCAUGGUGAAUCGAGCCAAUGUUGCUUCCCAGUUCUUCAUCACACUGGGGGUUGAUUUGGACUACUUGGAUGAGACACACGUUGUGAUAGGUCAAGUGGAGGAGGGCAUGGAGGUAUUGGAGAAGAUGAAUGAAGUGCUCACCGACGAAGAGAACAGACCUUAUCAGGACAUCCGCAUCAGCCACACAGUGAUACUUGAGGACCCCUUUGAGGACCCUGGAUCUCUCAGAGUCCCCAGCAGAAGUCCCAGUCCCUCAAGGGAGGUGAUGGAGAGUGAGCGGAUGUGUGUUGAGGACGAGAUAGAGGAGGAGAGGGCCAAGACGAAGGAGGAGUUGGAGGAGGAGUACAGGGAGAAGGAGGCCAGGGCACAGGCUCAGGUGCUGGAGAUGUUAGGAGAUCUGCCGAGUGCCGAUGUGAGACCUCCCGAAAAUGUUUUGUUCGUGUGUAAACUGAACCCAGCCACUUGCUCCGAGGACCUUCACAUAAUCUUCAGCCGCUUCGGUGAGAUCCUCAGCUGCGAGGUCAUCCGAGACUGGAAGACGGGAAACUCACUUCAGUAUGCAUUCAUCGAGUUCGACAAGCAAGAGGACUGCGAGAAGGCUUACUUCAAAAUGGACAAUGUCUUAAUAGACGACAGACGCAUACACGUUGACUUCAGUCAGAGUGUAGCCAAGGCCAGGUGGCAACAAUUCAUUAGACAAAGAAACAACACCAAGGGAGGAAAUGCAGGGGUGAAUGGUGGAGAAAUGGGCGGGGAAAAUAAAACGAGGAAGCUAGCGAGUGCUCUGAGCGACGACGAGACGGAAAAACGACCAACAGAGAAACGCGAAAAAGUUGAGAAGAAACAUAAAAAGAAAACUUUGACACCAGAAAGGAUAGACAAAAGAAAAUAUGAAAAUAGAAAUGGCUCAAGACAUCACGAUUUCAGAAAUGUUAUUUGUGAAUCUGUAAGAGAAGUUGAAAAAGAUUUUCAAGCAAAUAAGAAAUCAAGAAAUAAAUUGUCAGUACCUGCAUCGAACAGUGAAUUAAAUAGGAGUGAUGAAUCAUCAAGAGGCUCCGAAAAGAAGCUCAAGUAUAAAAGAAAAGAGAGCUCGAGGUCAAUUUCACGCUCAGAACACGAAACAAGUCGAAGGAGAGAUAGGUCGUCUGAAAAUGAGGUCAAGCGGUACAAUGAAAGUAAAAGGAGCAAGCAUUCGUCUUCAAUUCAAUCUUGGAACAGGCACAGAAGUGGCCAUGGACAUAAAAGAGAUACAAAUAGAUGAUAGGGCUUCGGUAUCUAUUUUUUGGUAUCCAUAACUACAAGGCAAGGCCUGCCUGCAACUGCUGCUUAUUAAGACGAGAUCUAAGGCCAGUAUAUGCUGAGAAAGCUCAGCAGUGCAGUUGAUGAUGGCAACGUGAUGGCUACAAAUGCUACUAAAAGGGCUCAUUCGUAAUUUUGACAGCCAUAGCUUUCAGUGGCAGCUAGCUUUUCAUUUUACAAACUGAUUUGUUUUCAAAUAAAUUCAAGAUAAAAAUUCAAGAUGUUUUAACUUUGAGUGAUGCAUAACAGUA